AUGAGUUAUAUGAAAUGUAGCAGGAAGGAGAAAACGAGUCACUCUCGCUUGGAACUUGGCUAUGAAUCCCCUCAUAAAGCAUCCAGACUCUCUUUUGUCCCCGAAAGAGUUGGUGAUAUGGUUACUGUCUUUAUAAGGUUUGGCAUUCUUGUGUGCCUUGUUGCAUCCAUAUCAUUCGCUCUCCACUCAGCAUUUGCUAAACCAGAUCGAUGGUUCCCAUUACCGGAGCACAUACAUACAGUCCAGAAUAAUACUUCUGUCAUUGACAGUGGACCAACAAAUAUCUCACAUAUUCUGUUUGGCAUUGGUGGAUCAGCUAACACUUGGCAUGAGCGUAGCAACUACAGUAAACUGUGGUGGAAUCCAAACACCACAAGAGGUUUUGUUUGGCUUGACAAGAAGCCUGAGAUUUUGCAGGCUGACAUGUUAGUGCCAUAUCAAAUCUCACAGGGCUGGAAACGGUUCAAGUAUGUGCACUCAGCUUCUGCAGUUCGGAUAGCUCGGAUAGUUUAUGAGAGCUUUAAGCUUGGUUUACCAAAUGUUAGGUGGUUUGUAAUGGGAGAUGAUGAUACUGUGUUCUUUACUAAGAACUUAGUUAAUGUGUUGGGAAAAUAUAACCACAAUCAAAUGUAUUAUAUUGGUGGGAGUUCUGAGAGUGUUGAGCAAGAUGUGAUGCAUUCUUAUGACAUGGCAUUUGGUGGUGGUGGAAUUGCCAUCAGUUAUGCAUUAGCAGCUCAUCUGGCCAAAAUGAUGGAUGGUUGUCUAAGUAGAUACUUCUAUUUUUAUGGUUCUGAUCAAAGGGUUUGGGCCUGUGUGAAUGAAAUUGGGGUGCCUCUUACCAGAGAAGGUGGAUUCCACCAGCUUGACAUAAGAGGGAACCCAUAUGGUUUUCUAGCUGCACAUCCCUUGGUACCACUUGUAUCACUCCAUCAUCUUGACCAAUUGAACUCAUUGUUUCCCAACCAAACUCAAAUUCACUCAUUGGAAAAGCUCAUCAGUGCAUACGACAUUGACCCCGCUCGGAUAGUGCAGCAAUGUUUUUGCUAUGAUCAUAAGCGUAGAUGGUCAAUAUCUAUCUCGUGGGGUUACACAAUACAAAUAUAUCCACUCUUGUUGACAGCAGUAGACUUGCAGAUGCCAUUGCAGACAUUUAAGACUUGGCGAAGUUGGGAAGAUGGUCCAUUCACAUUCAAUACUCGACCAAUGAGCUCUGACCCGUGCCAGAAGCCAGCUAUGUUUUUCCUGGACGAGUUUAAAGAGGUGGGAAAAACUGGAAGUAUCACUAUCUACAAGAGACAUGAAGGCGAGGGAGGGAAAUGCACAAGAACAGACAUUAAUAAUGUGGAAGUGGAAAGAAUUAGAGUUUCUGCCUUGAAGCUGGACCCGGAAUAUUGGAACAAUGUAUUGCGCAGGCAUUGCUGCCAGUUAUUAGGUGGUGGAAGCAUAAACAAUGGAAGUAUGCAUAUCAGGAUUAGGAAGUGCAGACCUCAAGAAACAAUUACUAUAUAG